UUUGUUUGGCGUCGAAGUUGUAUUUUACAGCAAUUCACAGAGUUGACAUAGUUGUGACGUGGCUUGCGUUCGUAACGAAACUUGGCGAGUGAAUCCAUUGAAGCGAAUAGUUUUCUAACUGUUAAUUACAUUAAAUGAUAGUUUGAUAUGUGAACCACGCCAAUAAAUGCUUUCGACACGUACGUGUUUUUCACCGCCGUGUGCCUACGCAAAUGCACCUCGUACCCCAAAUUCCCCCUAUAAUGUGACAUCGGCUCCGGUGAAAAACGUCUUGCUGCAAUUGACAUUUCACCGCAGAACCCGUUAAUGCCAAUCGAAACAUAGUAUCGAUCUCGCGUACGCAUUGUCGACGAAUUAAUUUUAAAUAUGAAUGAGGCUAUUUAUGUUUGUCUCGUUAUAACAUUGUUUAGUGCCAUGAAUGGAUUCUAUAUUGAAGAGAGUAAUGUGGAAUCAAUGAUGGUAUACUACGACCCCAAAACUCACAUUCCUUUUCGAAUGACGUCUAUUGAGAACAGCUUGACGAACGCGUCAAGUGCGAAUGACCAAUCAUCUACAAAGUCUAGGGGAGUUCUCCGUCGAAUUGGUUUUAGGAGUAAUGGAUGCAGUUGCCAGGAGCUAACGUGUGGCUGUUGCCUCGGCUUAAAAUUAGACCAGUUCAAUUUCAAUAGGGAAGGUUGUAUGAAUUUUACCUAUGACCCUUACGAGUUUGCCAUCAAUAUGAACAUGGUGAUGGAUGGAAAUUCGGUGUAUACAAACAGCGUUUCGGCUAAAAACCCUUCACCGGUGUGUCUUCCAAUGGCGUUACCUUACAUCCCAAUCUCGAUCGAAGCCUGUGCGAGAUUAUUCGAUAUCUAUACUCCGGGUCAAAAUUUACACAUGUGCUUCGAUUUUGAAACCCGCAUUCAGAGAGAAACUGUACUUGUUUUGCAUUUCGAUUGCAUGAGAAUGGGAAAUGAUGGAGUGGCUUUAGUGAAACCUGGAGAUAUGGAAAUACUUCCAUCUUCCACCACCGAGAAUCAGAUAGGCUCUGAUAUUUAUGACCAGGUCACGGAAAUUAAAUACAGUAAACCAAAACCUUAGAAUUGUACUUUUCGUUUCGCUGUUCGACCGUAUGAGAAAAUAGCCGCGUUAUCUCGCAUCACCUUUCAUUAUUUAUUGAUCUAGUUUAAAGUAGCUACGUGAGUAGAAUUGAAGCUUG